AUGCAGGCAUAUCCUACCCCAGUUACGGAGUCCGUGGAUAGCUCGAACCCGUUCUAUCCCCGCGAUAGCCACCAGAUCACCCAUCAAAUGGAUCCAGAAACCGACCACAGGCCCGAUCGGCCGCCCUCUCCACCGCGAGAGCACGGCCAACCGCCUCCACCGCCGCCUCCUCCUCCAGACAUCGAGCCGCAUAAUAUCCGAGAGCUUCAGAUAGCUGCGCAGUUAGGACAGGAUCUCGCCGGAGCAGCGUCCCUCAUUCCGAGCGCAAGCGGCGAUAUUUCUAUAGAGCAGAUGCCGCCCGAGCAGGCCCUCCGUAAUCUCCUACCACAUCCCCAGCUCAAGCCGGACGCCCAGCACCACCAAGUUCACGAGGUAGUACACCAAGACGAGGCAGGCCAGGUCCAGCACUAUGUGGGCGAGCCUCAACAUCACGCUGAUCAGAUGGCGCUUGCCAUGCCCAUGACCCUCGACCACUCUCACGCCACGGCCCACUUUGCGUCGACCGAACCGCCGCCGCGCAAGCGAUCGAAAGUCUCCCGAGCUUGUGACGAAUGUCGGAGGAAGAAGGUCAAAUGCGAUGCGCAGACGGAUGCCGGGGGUGCGCCGUGCUCGAGUUGUCGAAGGGCCAACCUCGAGUGCCUUUUUAGCCGCAUUCCUCAGAAGCGUGGACCAAGCAAAGGGUACAUUAAAGAGCUCGCCGACCGCAUUGGCAGCAUCGAACAGCUCGUUCAAGGUCCAAGCGAGGAUCGCGGCACAAAACGUUCCUUCUCGGCAAUGUCAGGGGGCAGUGCAACCGCAGAAACACCUGCUCCCUCUCGAUCCAUGCUAUGGGGUACGGAGCCCAGGAAUCCGCAGCCGAGUUCAGUGCCAAUUCCUGAACGCUACCAAACAUCUUACUCCCCAAGUGAGCUACUACCUCAUUCCGAGUUCGAGCCCGCGCCGCUCGUUGGGGCAAGUGCUCCUAUCCAGGUUAGAGACAUAUCCAAUGCCGGCCCAGCAUUUGGGCCGCGGCCCACUAUUCAUCCCGACAUUUUUAACGGGUACAUAUCUGCGAUCCACCCUUACUUGCCCUUCCUACCCGAUAACAAGGAACAAUUGGAGGGUCAGUUAGCGCAGUGUCCUGUCCUCCUUCAGGAGGCUUUCACCGAGUCGCUCACCGUGACGGUUUCAUCGUUUUCGUCAGACCCAGCGCAGGUCUCGCCAGUCGAUGUCGGCCGAGCCUAUCAAAAGCUUGUUGACUGGGAGCUAUCUUCAACUAUACCUCCCCCAAGCCAGCGUCGGGUCACGGAUCCUAUUUAUAUCCAAACGCUGAUCCUCAUGGUGAUUGAGGCGGACAACCGCCCACCCAACGCUGGAGGCCCACCUAAAGAAGCUGUCAUAGGAAGAGCUGUGAGUGGAGCACUAGCGAGGAGGUUCCACCAAUACAGGUAUAGGCCUCCAAGCGACUCUACCCCGGGGUCUGAUGCGGAAGAGAUCCUAUAUCUCAAGACGUGGUGGGUGUUGGUAGUGCUCGAUAGGUGGCAUGCUAUUAGCACGGGAAGUCAUGUAAUGAUCCACAAGAGGGACAUGAUUUCGCCGCCUGGAUUGAAGAAGCUCCUUGGAGAGGGGUUCUAUUUCCUACUUCGUUUCACAAGGAUCCUUGGCCCGGCAUCUACUAUCUGCUCCAACUUGCAAGACCCCCCAGCUUCUCCAACCGCCAACGAACAAGAGCUUUCAACACUGCUACACACCUGGCUCGAGGAGGACAGGGAAGAACUGCCAGACCAUGUUGACCCCGUUAAGUUCCCAGUUGUGCAUCUCGCCUACUGGCACUGCCGGCUCCUAACCUACCUCGUCGAUACCGAAGCCUCCGCGACGGCGGUCCUCUCAACGUGUCAAAAGGCCGUCGGCCUCCUCGUCAAGAGCCGCGACCUCAUCAGCCCGUUCAACCACCACCUCGCCAUCCUCACUACUCUAUGUCUCCUCGAACUGACGGCCGUGAAGGCCAAAAAGGAAGAGGCGCUGACCCUCCUCAGAGAUAUCCGGGACCACCAAAUCGCCCCUUCAGCGUGGAAUGGCGCCAUAAAGGCCACAGUCGACGACAAGCUAGCGCUCCUCGCGUUGGCGCCGCUGGGAUACUCCUUGGUUGAGAAGACGGCCCGAGAAAGUCUCCAGCGCCUCGCCGACGUGGCCACGGCCAGGUCUGGGACCAAAGAGCCCAAGGAUGACGAGACAGCGGCUGAUUUGGAGGGGAGGGCUGGUGGUGGAUCACAGUCCCUCGAGGCAGCUGUGAGGCCGUAUCAAUAUUUGGGGUUCAACCCUGCGCCGAUACUGAGGGUCGGGUAUCUGUCUGUUAUGCGGGAGAUGCAUCCGUAG